AGCGGUUCAUCGCAUACGGUCUGGAUGCAGAUGGAGAGCCCCGAAGGCCUCUGCCCACUCAUUAAUUUGCUGCACAGUUCGUCCUCGGAUGCUGCGCCUCCGCUCGUCUCUGCUUCCACUGCGCAGCCGCACUUUCUCCGGCGGGCAGCAGGCAGAGGCGUCAGACGGGAAAAUGGCCCUCGACAAUCUGAUCUUCGUUCAGUGCAUCCUCUACUUUCUGGCCUUCGUGUUCGGCUUCAUCGCCGUGGUGCCGCUGUCGGAGAACUCGGAGGACUUCGGGGGGAAAUGUCUGCUGUUCACCCGUGGAAUGUGGCAAAACGAGAACAUCACCGUGUCGAAGCAGCGUUUCAUCGUGGAGGAGUGGGGACCCGAGUGCUCCUGCAGCUUCAUCACUUUUAUCGGGAUUGCAUCCCUCAUCCUAUCCGCAGUGCAGGCAUGGAGGCUGCUGUUCUUUUUGUGCAAAGGACACGACGACAGCUCAUUUUUCAAUGCCUUCCUCAACCUGAUGAUAAGCUCCCUGGUGAUGUUCACCAUCUUCCUGUCCAGCACCAUUGUCAGCGUGGGUUUCAAUCUGUGGUGCGAUGCCGUCACUGAGAGUGGGACCAUGCCUAACAGCUGUGAGGAGCUGCAGGACACGGACCUUGAACUCGGCGUGGACAAUUCUGCCUUCUAUGACCAGUUCGUAAUAGCUCAGUUUGGCCUCUGGGCUGCCUGGCUGUCCUGGCUUGGGAUCACAGUGUUAGCCUUCCUGAAGGUCUACCAUAACUACAGACAGGAGGAUCUGCUCGACUCCCUGAUCCACGAGAAGGAACUGCUGCUCAGCCGCUCUUCACGCUGCAGCUCUGACCUCAAAACUGGCCUGAUCUAGAAACUACAACUCUCUCAUCUCUGCCCCCUACAGUGCUCGUCACAAGUUCACAUACGCUCGACAUCCACAUGGAUCUCGUUUUAGAUAUUAAUGAUGCAUUUCAACCGUUUUUAUGGUGGGCUGAUAAUACAGCAAACAACUUCACUGAAUUUCAUAAACAAUUGCAUCCACGAGUUAUCUAUUGGUCAAAAUGCCAGGUUGGGUUGUAGAGAUGUUAAAUUCUGGCCUUAACUUUUCACUACUGUUGUGGAGAAAAAUAAAAAUUUGCCAAGCUUUAAAUCACUCAAUCAGGUUUAUUUAUGUGCUGAACAAAAACAAGCCAGAAUGCUCUCAUUAAAAGCUCCAUAUUUGUUUUAUUUUUUUCCAAGGACAAGACAGUGGAGAGACUGUCUGCCUCAUGCAGCUGCAGCAAGACAACAUCGAACCUUGGUUGUGUAACCCAGACUGGUUCAUUUGGUGACAGUUCAUUAGCAUUUAGAAUAAAGACAUAACAUUGCUCUUAGCUGAAUCGGUAGACUUCUUUAAAGUCGUUGGUUUCUCAGACCCAACACAGCUUUUAAAUGUAAUAAAUGUAUUUUCAGAAUAUUUUAAAGUCAGUACUUUUCAAAAUUGUAAUGCUAGUUUAUUUAGCCCAAAGCCUUUUAAACCUAAAAAGGGGCUACCCAGACUAGCUUUGGAAUAGAUAAAGCAGGCUAACAUCAUUCUUUUGAAAAGUACUCAACUCUAAUAUUUUGUAAAAGUGUGUCCUUCCCUUAAAAUCAGGGAUGUCACACCAACAAAUUUAAAUGAGCUCUAUUAGUUUUGAACCAGAAUUCAGAAAAUCUUUUCUGUUGUCCACUAAAAGUCAUCAGCGUGUGACUAACCAAGGGAGUUUUAACUAAACUGUAUCAGGAAUUUAUGUUUAUAUUUGAGUUCAUAUCUUUAAUUAUAAACAUACGUUGAUUUAAGCAAACACGCAGUCAGAAUUCUUGUUUUAAAAUUCAGUGUAGUGAGUUGUUGUAACACCGGUUUAGCAUAAAAAAAAAAAAACAUUUGAAAUGCACAACUAAAAACCAAAUUAAAUAUGAAAGUUGUUGUGAGUUUAUGUAAACCUACUUGUGACCAGAACUGUAGGUUCUCAUCUCUGCCAUAAGAUUCACCAACGUUUGCCUGUGGAGACAAUCAAAAUGAAUUGGCUUCUGCUUUACAUUGUCAUAGAAUCAAAUCAAAUGGAUCAUUUUCUUCCUUGGAUGAAACUCAGACAAAAAACUGCAGGUUUUAAUCACUGCUUAUUGAUUACAAACCAAGCCAACUAUUUACCUGAAAUAUAUACUUGAGUUUUCUUCAACUCUUAAUUUUCUAGCCACUCAGUAUUUAUGAGCUUGUGGAAAUUAUUUAUUUAUUUAUUUAUUUUUUAAAUCAUAUUUAUUUGUAAAUUUUUUUGCAUGGUACCCAGUGCAUGACAAGCUGAGCGGGUGGUUUUAGAUAUAAAGAGGUGUAGUUAUUAUUUUCUGGUCGUCUCUAGAUUAACGUUCUCCUUAGGUAGGCUUUUGUUGUGAAAAGGCACAUCUUGGUGAACUGAGACUCAUUUGCAUGCGUAAGCAAAGUAGAUCAAUCUGCGCUUUUGCAGUGUGUUUACACAGCAGCUACCAAGAGUUGUGUAUGAUAAACUGCAACUCAAAGCAUUAAUAUAUUUAGCAGCUAGGCCAAAAGAGCUUUUAGCAUCAGUGAGAUAUAAAACAGAUUUUAUGAUGUGCUGUUUAGCGACUGAGGCUUCUUCUUCUCACUUAAUAGGCUACAAAAACAAUAUAUUAUACUGCUGUGACAUAUGUAUGUAUACCUGCAUGCAUUCCUGUGGCUAUUACAUCACAUCCUCUAUUGGUCAGGAAGAGCACAACCAAGUUAUCUAAUUUUGAUAGGCAAUGACAGUUUUAUUCAAAACAAUAGAGAACAUAAAACAAAAGGAACUAAGAAAACCCUCUAUAAAGGCACUUUUUCCAAAGUGACCAUAAAUGUUCAGACAACAGUAAAAAGCAGCUAAGUGUGCAUAUACAGGACGUGGGUUUACUGGGAAUCAUUUUAUUGCUAAUGACAAUUUAGUUUGACAGUAUGGAGUUGUGGGUGUUAUCUUUUUUUUGUUUUGUUUUUUGUUUAUUUCUUCUGUGCAGGUGUUGAUUUGCCAUAUUGCUUCAAAAUUAAAAUGUGAGAUCUCCACAAUCAAACAGGAUCAUGAUGAUUUCCCUGAAACCUGUCAUACAGACAGCACUGUUCUGUCACUGUCUUAUUGCUCAUAACAAGAGGUAUGUUGGAUGUGCAUCACUGUGCCCUUUGAUUCCUAUAUAACCCAUUUGUGUGCAAGUUUGGCUGCUUUUUUUUAAUUUCUUUGCUUCAUUCGAUAAAUGAAUUCAUAUAUAACUCAUAUCUACAAUAAAUUCUGUAUCUGGUUCUGAUAUAA